GAGGAAGGCGCAGCGCGCGCCUCCGGGGGGCGGUGUUGCCCUAGAUAAGCGGCCUCGGGGCUCUCUCGCCUCUCUGUGCCCCCUUCUCACGAUCUCUUCUUCCUCUUCUUCACCCUCCCACCAGCCAGUCGCUCCAGGUGCGUUCCCUUUUUGCCGCGCCUCUGCACCUGGCUUCCCUGGCCCGCGCGUGUGAAACGACCCGAGCCUGAUGCGGGUCAAGACAAAAACCGCGCUACCAGGCUAGCUAGAAACGGGAGAGGGGAAUGCCGCUAAGUUGUGGGGUUAGGAAAUAGCUCAGGGGCAGACUCUUGUAAUAUGGCACCCUAUGCGAAGACAAAAUUCUGGGGUCCCCCACUAUUUUUUUUAUUUUAUUUUGACAUACAUUCCUUUUGGUACAGUUGCUUUUUCAAUUGAUCUUCUCAGUAGGUUCCUGCAUUAAAUAGAUGAUGAUGAUGAUGAAAUUUUGCACCCCCCUUGGCUUGGCACCCUGUGUGUGUGUGGGGGGGGGGACUACUAGUACUGUCUUAAAUCUGAUGCUGGCACCUCACCUGCCCCCACAAAGUAGGGAUAUUUUAUAAAGCAGACAAUUUAUUUAACAGAAAGGUAGUCAAAGACUAAGGCAGAAUCGCAAGCUGGUGGAUAAGGAGCUGAGCACUUGACCCCUCUGUUACCUUACAGUAUUUCUUGUCACCUGAGUCUUGCCCAUGCCUCCUUACAAGUAAGCCUAGCCCUGUAUAUAAACGUUGGUGGUGCUUGAUUUUUAUGCCGCUUACAGGCCAGAAUGGGUUCCAAGUGGCUUGCAAGCAUGACAUCAGUUAUAAAAUCCAUACAUGUUUAAAAUUAACGCACAAAACAAUUUCAGCAAAAUGUUUAAAACACCCAGGUUUAAAAUAAACAGUAACACACACACACACACACACACACACACACACACACGAGAGAGAGGGGGGGUGCAGUCAUAGACGUUCUUACUUGGAAGCAAGCCCCAUUGAACUCAGUGGAAUUUACACUGCAACCAUCAAUGGCAGCAAGCAUCAUGCGUUGAUUCCUCUGUAUCAUUAGUUAAAAGCUUCCCGCUCCACCUUCUGAAAAUCUCCUGCUCCUUCAAAAGGCUCUUUUGCUGCUUUGUAUGCUUUCAAUAGCCUUCCAAAACACUUGCAUGGUGCCAACUUCUGUUUUCUUCAAGGCCCACCUUUCCUGUGAAGCUUUUGGGCCAGUCCCCUUGUACCCAUCCAUUCUUCCCCUGCCCCUAUUAUUUGAAUUUCACUGCUAGCUGCUUGGCCCAGGGCCCUGCCCUUUGGUACGCUCUAAAGUGUACUGUACUCUGCACACCAUAUAAAAAAUCUCCAGUUUACAAUAUAUAUACACAGUACUGUAUCUUGAUUAUGAUGGAAAGUUCAAUAAGUUCGUGAACUGCAUGUGACACCCAUCUUUCAGCGAAUAAAGAGAAAUGUCACUUACUCAAUCACAACAAAAAUUUGCAAAUAAUAAUAUAGUUUUAUUCUGCUGCAGCUCGGCUCUGUUUAGAAUUGAGUGACUGGGCAGCGAGAGGCAGGUGAAAGGUACCAGAAUAACUUCAUGCAAGAGCUGGCAUUGAAAACAAAAAUCAGUUGCAUUCAUCUAGUUGAGUUUACAGUACCAGCAAUUACUUGCGAUAUUUCUGACUAAAAAGCUAAACUUUCAUUCCAGGGCGUGACUAGAGUUUUGAUAACCACAGUUUUUACCAGUUAUAGGGUUUUGUGCUAUAUAUUUUUACUUAAGUUGCUUCUGCACUUUUAUGGUUUUUUUUUGGUGUGCAUUUAAAACAUCUGAAGUAUGCAAUUUAAAGGUAUAGUCUGGGUAAAGUUAAACACCUCAUCCCCCAUUUUUUUAGUGGGAGAGAUUAAAGGAUAUGCUUAACUCAUACAUUGAACUCUUUGGCUGGAUAUUGUCCUGUGAGUGUAUCAGUACUUCACCCACAAUUGUAAUUAUUUUUCAUUAUUUCUUUUCCACUACUGUAAGGGGGAGGGGGGGAGCCCAAAACAUCACUUGUAUUUUCUAGUGCUAUCUACUGAAACCAUUUGAAUUUCUCUUCUUCCAUUUAUGUGUUUUUUUUGUAAUCGGCAAGUUCUGACUAGGCCAUAUUGUUGGGGAAUGGCCCGUUCAACUAAGAUGGCAAGGGAUCUUUUGGACUGAUUUGUGCAUUUUAAAAUAUCGAAUGGACUGACUCAGCAGCUGUGUGGGUGGGCUCUGUAAAUGUAUAGAAAAUAAUUUGGUUUUUCUUCACUUGGUAUCUGUAAGUAUUUUUCUAUUUCGACAUGCUAUAUGUGCACACGUCGCUUUAUCACCUAGGGCGAAUCCAUACUAAUAAUUAGCUGUUUCUUACACAUAUUAAGAUAUUCUCCUUCCAUAGGAUAAUGAUGUUUGACUUUUAAGUUGGUACUCAUAAAUUAUUUCAUGGCAACUAAUUAGGGCAGCGAGAUCUUUGAACCUUCCAGGAGCAGCAGCCCCCCCGUGCUGUCUAGCAACACAACACAGCAUCAAGCAGAGCGAAGAGUGAGGUUUGUCACAGACAGAGAGAUUUCUGCCCCUUCCACUUGCAUGAUAUCAUGCUAAGCAAGAAAAAUGUGCUCAGAGACUCGCUUUUCAGUUCUAUAAAAUCCACAGAACAACCUACAGAAAGCAGAUAUUGCAGACAGCUUUGUGUCAUUUUACAGCCUCUUUAUUCCGAGGGAUUUCUGUUCCAGUCAAUAAAACUGCCCUGGAGCAUGGGGCUCGCGCACUCUCUCGCCUGUGAUGCAUCCAUUCCUUCUGGUGGCGCAUGUAAUGUGCCUCUUUCAUCGUAAGGGAGGCAUUUCUGGCCUCCUCCUCCUCGGUUUAUUAGUGCGCACAUUUUCUCCUGGGUGUCUGUCUAGUGGGAGAUGGAAACAUCUAGACGGUUGGUUUCUUCUUGAGACAAGUGUGCAUGUAAUAGCACUUCCUCACGGGUCUCUUUCUGUGGCAAACUUCUGUGUGGUAUACCGCUCCACCCUUCCUUCCGCCCUUUGUUUGCCGAAAUCUCUUGGAUUUUGUACAGUUUGAGCUCUUGCCGUGAGGGCUCCGGCUAUUUUCCUUUGCUUUUAGGAUGUGAUCUCAUGCUUUCCAUGCCGACAAUCAAGUGAUCCACUCUCCCCCCCCCACCCUUUGCCCUGGCAUUCUCAAAGGAAUCCGUGAGCAACGGUUAGGUCUGCAUUUGAAGAGCGAAGGCCGUACUAGGCCACUGCACACUUACCUGAGAGUAGGUCCCAUUGAACUCGGUGGGACUUCUUUCAGGGAAGCUGGGUGUAGGAGAUUUUAUUGCAGAGGGACAUGUUGUUCCGGCACUGCUUUGAAAACCAGGAUGUCUUUUGUGUUUGGUGGGCCUUUGAAGUCACUGAAUGAGAGAAAGACUGCUAAAAUAAAGGAACAUCUGGAGGCCCAGCUUUGGGUAAUUAAGACCAUUCCGCCAAGACCUUCUAAAAUAUCCCUUCGCUAAUAGGCUGUGCAUGUUGCUAUUCCUUUGAUAAGACGUUUCGGAGCAGCCUGCCCGGCUAUGCUCAAAGCUGGUUUGCGUUUCGAAGUAAAUGUAUUCCUGAACUUGCUGAUGCCAAAGAGUUUGAGGUAAAUAACAGCAUGUGGAACAAACAUGAUGGAUAGUUUGUGGUCCGCAAAGCACUUGCAGUCUAUAAAGGCCAUUAUAGAUGAAUGAAAGUGAUUGAACAUCUUGGGGAGAACCAUGUGCUUGGCUGCAGAGACGGAUCGUCUCCAGAUCAACUAGUGGUGCUUUGCGAAUGUCACCUUGCAGGUUGGAACAUAAUAAGACUACUUCCUUACACCAGGAGAGGACCGUUGCCCCAAGUCGCCCAGUAUUGUCUCCACUGGAAAUCCCUCGACAUUUUUGGACCCCAGGCCAGCCUUUAGCUGAAGGGCACUGUCAGGGUUGUUCAGACUACUCCUGAGUAACGAGAUUCCACAUACUUGUCUUUCAAAAGUCUUUAUUGGUGCACGUUAUUUACAGUGUAGUGAGCUGUCAUUUCAUGUCUUCUCAUUCCGUUUCAGAAUCCGGCGGUGCCCCUUUUCGCGACUUUGACCAACAUAAAAGCCUCGGGACAGUGAAUCUCCUCCCCUUUCUCCUCCUCCUUUAUUCCGGUGGAAGGGGAAGGGUCUACGAUCUGCUUUCUCCCUGUCUACCCUUCCCGCCUCUCUCGCUUCCUGCCUGUGGAGCAGGGGCUCUCCCAUACUGCCGGAGACCUGGCACUCCUUCUCCGUCUCCUGACUAGCCCCUUCAGACCCCACACUUUCAUGACUGCUUGGAGACGGACUGCUCCUGAUGAGAGGGGGGGGUUUCUAUAAUCCCUCCCCGUUACAGGCACAUUUGGGGACUGACCUUUUUGUUUGUUACCAUAUCUUUGUAUGGCGAUUGUAUUGCUGCUACAACUCCCUGUAGGUCGAGAUAGGCCAUUAAUCACAGUGGUUCUCAAACUUGUGUCUCUGGCUGUUGUUCGACUGCAAAUCCCAUCAUCCCUGACCACUGGUCCUGUUAGCUAGGGAUGAUGGGAGUUGUAGUCCAACAACGGCCAGAGACUCAAGUUUGAGAACCAACCCACCACUUGGAGACCAGUGGCCUUUUCGAGAUCUUGUGUCACAAGUAGAGGUCUUCCCCGGCCCUGUUAGGCAAUAUCUUUCAGUUGCAAAUGCUGAGGUUUAACAUAGGAACUCUAUGUGCACUGAGCUAUGGGGUUCCCUUUGCUACAAAGUAUUUUAAAAAGAAUUGCCGUAUUUUUCGCUCCAUAGGACACACCUAGUUUUUAGAGGAGGAAAACAAGAUUUAUUUAUUUUUUGCUUUCUUGAAUUGUCCAAGCAUUGCAGCCAACUCCUAGAGGCCUAGGUGCCUUUGCCCCCCCCAUUAAAUAUUUGAGGAAGCUUCUUUUGCAAAGGGGGAAAGCUCCAUUUUUUUAAGGAUCAGCUCAAAGUUGUGCAGCUUUUUUUAAAGGGGGAAAGCUCCAUUUUUGAGGAUGAGCUCAAAGUUGCUGAGUUUCCUUGCAAAGGGAAAAAUCCUUUUUUUUAUGGGGUUCAACUCACAGUUCUGCAGCUUCUCUAGGAAAAGGACCCAUUUCUACAGUUUCCAGACAGAUAAUCUAAUCAGCCAGUCACAUGUCUCCCUCUGCAGAUAACAAUUGAGGCCUAGGCAAGGGGCCUGGAGGAGCCGGGAAGGGAGCUAGCUCCCUUAUCUCCCUCCCCGAUCUCUUGCAAUCAGCUGCUGAGCGGGUUCCUUUCAACUGGCUCAUUCCCUCUUGUUAGCCUUUAGCACUUUUUUUUUUAAAAAAAGCACGAUCUGCCUUUAGCCUCUGGGCAAUUCGGCUCCAGGAACCAUGCAUUUGCUUCAUAAGAUGCACAGACAUUUCCUCUUCCCUUUUAGGAGGAAAAAUGGAACAAAAAAUACAGUAUCUGGUCUUGUAAUUGUUGCAUGCCGUGAAAGGUUUUGUUUUCAACCGCUUUGCAUAAAACUGAAGUAACAAUCAUUAAACCGUUAUUGCCUUUUUGGUAUUACUGUACCUUCCAUUUUAGUUGCUUAAAAACUGUAAAACACUUUUAUACUUUUCCGGUUGUCUUUUUUCUUUUCGUUUUAAAGAACUCUUUUCCUACGUGACCUGUUUAUUAUGGCUGUAACCCGUUUAUUAGGACCAGUUCAUAGAAUCAGCAGAGCCUGAAGUCACAUAAAGGAGCACCCGUAACGCAGCUAAGUGGGUCUGGAGCUGGUCUGUACCUGGAUUGGGAGAUUGGCACACAAGGCUAGGAACCCCAGCUUGGAGCAGGAGAGGAGAUAGACAGCUUAUGGGCAGAGCACGUGUUUUGUGCGCAGAAAAUCAAUUCCUGUCUUUUCCAGUUAAAGAAUCAGCCAAUUUGAACUACCUCUUCCUGAGACCCUGGAGAACGCCUGCUGGAAAAAAAAAAGCAUUAUGCAGCUGUGAAUGAAACAGAGACACUCUGCAGCAUUCAGUGCUCAGUUUCACUAGCUUUGAAGAACGGUGACAACUAAAAAUGCCGCCUCCCGCAGAUAUUGUGAAAGUGGCUAUAGAAUGGCCUGGUGCCUUCCCCAAAUUGAUGGAAAUUGAUCAAAAAAAGCCAUUGUCAGCAAUCAUAAAGGAAGUCUGUGAUGGGUGGUCUCUUACAAAUCACGAAUAUUAUGCACUGCAACAUGCUGAUAGCACCAAUUUCUACAUCACCGAAAAGAACCGUAAUGAAAUUAAAAAUGGAGCAAUACUUCGAUUAACUACAUCACCAGCCCAAACCUCUCUUCAGCUCCACGAGAGGAUCCAGUCUUCUAGCAUGGAUGCCAAGUUGGAAGCACUGAAAGACCUCGCUAGUUAUUCACGUGAUAUAACGUUUGCCCAAGAAUUUAUCAAUCUCGACGGCAUUUCGCUCCUGACGCAGAUGGUGGAAAGUGGCACCGAACGAUAUCAGAAAUUGCAGAAGAUAAUGAAGCCCUGCUUUGGAGACAUGUUAUCCUUCACUCUGACGGCUUUCGUUGAACUGAUGGAUCAUGGAAUUGUAUCCUGGGACACAUUCUCUGUGGCUUUCAUUAAAAAGAUAGCAAGUUACGUGAGCAAGUUUCCCACUGACAUUGCUAUACUGCAACGAUCACUAGCCAUCCUGGAGUCAAUGGUCUUGAACAGCCAUGAUCUGUACCAGAAGGUGGCGCAGGAGAUUACAAUUGGCCAGUUAAUCCCACACCUUCAAGGGGCAGAUCAAGAAAUACAAACCUACACCAUUGCCGUAAUAAAUGCACUUUUCCUCAAAGCGCCUGACGACAGGAGGCAGGAAAUGGCAAAUAUUUUAGCACAGAAACAACUUCGGGCAAUCAUCUUACAAUAUGUUAUCAGAGCUCAGAGGGCCAUCAAUAAUGAAAUGGCACAUCAGCUUUACGUCCUUCAAGUGCUCACCUUUAACUUACUGGAAGACAGGAUGAUGACCAAAAUGGACCCCCAAGAUCAGGCCCAAAGGGAUAUCAUAUUUGAACUCCGAAGAAUUGCUUUCGAUGCAGAGUCUGAACCGAACAACAGUGGCGGCAAUGUUGAGAAACGCAAAUCUAUGUACACACGGGAUUACAAAAAACUUGGGUUUAUUAAUCAUGUGAACCCAGCAAUGGAUUUUACGCAGACUCCUCCAGGAAUGCUAGCUCUCGACAACAUGCUGUACUUUGCCAAACAUCAACAGGAUGCUUAUAUCCGGAUUGUAUUAGAAAACAGCAGCCGUGAAGACAAGCAUGAAUGUCCUUUUGGUCGAAGUAGUAUCGAAUUAACCAAGAUGCUGUGUGAUAUCCUGAAAGUAGGAGAGUUGCCAAGUGAGACCUGCAAUGAUUUCCACCCAAUGUUCUUCACGCACGACAGGUCAUUUGAAGAGUUCUUCUGCAUUUGCAUCCAGCUGCUGAAUAAGACAUGGAAAGAGAUGAGAGCAACUUCUGAAGACUUCAACAAGGUAAUGCAAGUGGUGAAGGAGCAAAUAAUGAGAGCACUGACCACGAAGCCUAGUUCUCUGGAUCAAUUCAAAAGUAAACUUCAAAACCUAAGCUACGCAGAAAUACUGAAAAUUCGCCAGUCCGAGAGGAUGAACCAAGAAGAUUUCCAAUCUCGCCCAAUUUUGGAGCUAAAAGAGAAGAUUCAGCCCGAAAUUUUAGAGUUGAUCAAGCAGCAGCGUCUUAAUCGUCUUGUUGAGGGAACCUGCUUUAGGAAACUCAACAGUCGGCGCCGGCAAGAUAAAUUUUGGUAUUGUCGCCUUUCGCCAAACCACAAAGUCCUACAUUAUGGAGAUUUGGAAGAGAGUCCCCAGGGAGAAGUUCCACACGAUUCAUUGCAGGAUAAGUUGCCUGUGGCAGACAUAAAAGCAGUUGUGACAGGGAAGGACUGCCCUCACAUGAAGGAAAAAGGAGCAAAGCAAAACAAGGAGGUCCUUGAGCUGGCUUUCUCCAUCUUGUACGAUUCCAACGGGCAACUAAAUUUCAUUGCUCCUGACAAGCAUGAGUACUGUGUGUGGACAGAUGGCCUAAAUGCCCUUCUUGGAAAGGAUAUGAUGAGUGAACUGACACGUAAUGACUUGGACACUCUGCUCAGUAUGGAGAUAAAGCUACGCCUCCUGGACCUGGAAAACAUACAGAUCCCAGAUGCUCCGCCUCCCAUUCCAAAGGAACCAAGCAACUAUGACUUUGUAUAUGACUGCAACUAAAGCUGCUCACACUGCUGAGACUUGCCAUUUAAACUGGAAGUGCUAUAACUGGAGAGUUGUUUGGUUUUUCUAAAGAAGAGAACAAGAUAUGCACAAUGGACUUCAUUUGGGGGUGGUGCGUGCGCGCAAAACAUUUAUUUCCCCUUGCUUUCUACCCUUCCCUUUGGCACCGUCCUCCCCGCUGCUAAUGAAAAAUACUGCUUGCAUUAACUUCUCCUCACCACUGGGCAAGAUCUGAUGAACAUUCCAACUUGGAAGGCGAACCAAGAGGAACUUCCUUGUGUUUUUUUGAAAUGCUGGGAUACGCAUUCCAAACAAAAGGACGGUGUGGCCAAAACGCACAACCCCCCCAGAACUACAGCCGGCAUUGCAGAUGCUUUAACUGGAAGCAGAGAAGAGGAAAGCCUUCUGCAAGGGGAAGAUGGCAAGAGGUCUCUUUUCAUGGAAUCAGCUAAAGAGCUGAGCCCAAUGAAAACGAAGGUGGUUCACUGCUUUCAGCUUCUACACCAUUUGUCAUGUCCCACCCUUAACACCAGCACCCACCCCAUUUGUGCUACAUCACGUAACUGUUUCUUAAGACGAUGAGUCUACAGGUCUUUCUAACCUCCCAAUAUCUUCCCCACAUGAUUUCCACACUUUCAAUGAAGCCACUUGCUGUUCUAUGUCCCUAUUGUGUACUUACUAUAUCACAAAAAAUGUGGUGGGGGUCUUUUGUCCAGAGCGGGAUUGUGGUUAUUUUGUGUGCAAAUGCGGGAGACGCCAUAGAUUCCGAAAAGCGCUAUGUAUUCAGGUUUCCGUAUAGACGUGAUUUCCAAGGGAUUUGGUUUUGUACAAAACAUCAGAACAGUUGUUUUUGCCAAAUAUAUAUUUAACUAAGAACAAAAUAGUAUUGUGUGUACUUUUUUCAAAAAUUACCUGUGUGUUAAUUUCCAUUUGGUACCUGGAACAUUUGCCCUUGGAGAUAAAAUAUACACCAACAUUCCCAUCAGAAUUGCUGUUGAAUAAAAUUGGACUUGUGCUGA